AUGAGGCGUUUACAGCGAUCGGGGGCAUCCUACCCCUGUGCGGAGAUCCUUGUUUACUUCACGGAGGGCUCCAACUCCGAGACGUUGAGUCCUGGCCCUCUCUACUGGCCAGGCGAUCUUUCGUACAGCAAGGGUGCUCUUCGCAACUCUGCGGAGCAGGUGACCAAGAUUGACUAUCUUCUGCGCUCGGGGUUUAGCGACGGAGUGUACGGUGUUUCAACGGCGAGUGUAGCAGUGACCACCUUCCAAGGGGUGUCGGCUCGCAGAGCAGCAGCGACCACCAAGAUCUUGACAGUAGGAUCCACAGCAGGGUUUAACGCCAACGACUACAUCAAGAUCAAGAGCGAGAUUUUGCUCAUUGACUCUGUGCUCACGUCUACGACGCUGUCGGUGUACAGAGGGCAGUUCAACACCACCACGGGGACUUACGGAGUCGGAACCAUCGUUCGGACUUUCAAUCCAGGAUCGGUUCUGCUACAAGACGUCUCCUCCACUGCGACCACCUUGACGUUGACCAAAGCAACUCAGUUCAGCCAGGGCACAUAUGUCCUGAUCAACAACGAGAUCAUGUUCAUCUCAUCAGUGCCAUCGACGGGAACCAGCUUGACCGUUCUCCGCGGACAGGGCGGAACUCUCCCUGCUUCGCACAAGACAGGCGCGGUGGUGGGCAAGACAGCGUUGACAUUGCAGCUUCCUCUCGCAUUGAGGGCCGGUGUGACUACAACGCAGACAAGCAUCAACAUCACAGACACCAGCUCGUUGUUUGCGGGUGCCUACAUCACGCUGGGUAACGAGAUCAUGAAGGUGACUGAGAUCUCUGGAGAUCUGGUGUAUGUCACCAGAGGGGAGCUAGAGACAACACCGGCGGAGCACGCGGCUGGAACAUUGUUUUCCACUACCAAGCCCUCCGCACUUGGUACGACCAUCACUCGGCGGGGCAUGGUGCUCGUAUCUAAGGUCGCUUCUGCAAGCGAUCCGCUGAUCCAGGUGAAGGACCCCGUGCUGGGGUCAUCUUCCAGCGGAUUUCAGGCUGGAGACUAUGUCCAGAUGCUGGGAGAGGUCAUGCUCGUGCAAUCUGUUGUCUCUUCGACCAGCGGAUACCUGAUGCAGAACCUGACGGUUGUUCGUGGACAGCAGUCAACCACGGCCGAGGCAACCGCAGAUGCUGGGACGCCUGUCACGUACGUCUUCAACCCCAAGACUCUCACAAAAACCAUCGCUGCAAAUACCGCCAUCACAUCGAGUGAUUUGUCUGACAUGAAUGGGAUCGCUGCAGGCGACUACCUUUUGAUGACAUCUGGGACUCAGAACGAGGUGAUCAAGUAUCUGGGAGGCUCCAGCUUCGCUCGAGGACAGGCCAACACAACCGAGGGAGAGUUUCCCCAGACUGGAACUGUCAUCCAGAAGGUCGACAAAAUGCCAACCUUGGUCAAAUUCAUCAACGACACUGUAUCCACAGCCGUCAAUCAAACGACAGAGUUGACGGAUAUUACUUUAAAGCAAUUCGAGGGGAUCAGUGCGGGAGCGACGGUGGUCAUCGACGCACAGGUGUUCAAUGUUACGUCCAUCGACGCGGCAAAUAGCAAAUUGAAUCUUGUGUCCAUGUAUCCGCAGACCCAAUCGGUGAGUACAACCAACCGGCUGGUAAUCCCUGCCGGAACCAAGGUCUAUGUUGUUCAGGAUGCCAGACUCUUGAGCCAAGACAUGGCAGCACACGACACAGUUGUCAACUUGUACGGGGACGUGAGUUCUACUUACAGCGCUGGGGACUUUGUUCGUGUGGAUACGUAUCAGGGCACCUCCGAGAUCCUCCAGGUCACGGGUGUAUCCGGGUCAUCUCUAACAGUGGUUCGAGGAAACCCCACUCUCACUCACACCAAGAACGAGUCUGUGUUGUACAUGUACAACAAGGUUGGGGUGUUUGAUGUUUCUACCUUUGUUGCUGGUGACUACAUCAAGGUGGGACAAGAGCUGGAUCAGGUGCAGGCGGUGGGUACUCAUGAGUUGACAAUCAACCGCAUCAGUCCUUACAACACGUGGUCCUUCCAUGAGGGAUCUGACUUGGUAACCCUGCAGCAGAAGACCAGCUUCCAGAAGACCACCCUUGCAGUUGCUGUGAACAGCUCCUUGACGAGCGUUAUCUUGACGGACGCAUCCGGGUUCAAGCUGAACGACUACAUUCAAGUGUCGAACGAGCAGCUGCAGGUUGUCAACAUUAACGGAAACAACCUGCAGGUGUCAAGGGCUCAGCUCGGUACCACAGCGUCUGCACACAGCGCUGGGGCGACUGUCAAGUGGGUAUCGUCCCCGACAGUAUCCUCGACGAUCCAGGCAACAAGCUUUGCAAGGAGGUCUAUGCACUUGAGGUAUGUUGCCCAGUCAAGCAGCAUUACUCUCCCUGCCGGGAUCACGCGCAACGUUUGGGCGGAGCUGGACCAGGAGAUCUUUUUCGUCCCAGGCGCCGGAGAUGUGGCGGCAGCCAACCGAGGCAGACGUGGCACUACAGCCGCGGCGCACACGAAGAACGUGCCUUACAACUUCCCGAACAACUUGUUCUCGCUGCAGUUCAACGUGAAGUCAGCGUAUCCCGGUGCCACUGGCUUCUCAGCUGUCCCAGUGUACGGGAUGAGCGCGGGUGGUGUGUACACCGUGUCUGGAUUCUCAGUGCGCAACAUGGGGAGUGGGGUCACGACUGACCCGACGCUGCAGCUGACCCUCAACCGUUACGUCGAGAACGGCGAUGGCAGCAACCUGCCUGGUGUGACAGGCACUUCCUACUCCUACCAGACUUUCACCAACCAGGUCUUCUUGAGCGUGGACAUGACCAACAAGUUCACCCAGAGGCUGAUCAGGCCCUCGCUCCUCUACCCAGAGAUCUACAAGCCCUCGCAGUUCCCGGCAGACCCUCUCUACUUCCAGGACCUCAUGGACGGUUUUGACACGGCGUCAGGCAGCAGCCUCUUGUCUUCCACCUCCAGCGCCAUCAACGCAAGCUCUGCCAACGUGUACGAGCCCGGGUCGCCAGUGUGGGUGCUGGACUCCUUCGGUCAGAUGCUCGGCGAUCAGCCGGUCCAGCAGCAGGUGUACACGCUCAGCAGCCCUUACGCCUACUCGAUCUCGAACAAGCCCUCCGUGCUGGACUCGACCUGGACAGCACCGUCGUUGAUGAUUGUGUCGACGAGCUCGGCGACAUCGGCAAGCCUGUUUCUGAACGACACGCUCAUUGGCAAGUUCGCCAACGGACAGACUCGGGCUGGUCUCUCAUCGAGCACGAGGAUGUUUGUGUGGAAGACUGAUCCUCGCAAGCUCGCUGUCUCGAUUGCUUCUUCCUCCCCGAGCGGAGGUGCCACCACCACCACCACCACGACACCAGGGUCAAGCACCAACGUCGGCGCCAUCGUCGGCGGAGUGAUCGGAGGAGUAGUCGGUGCUGCCCUGCUCGGGUUCCUGGCCUACAAGUUCCUGGCCCCGGCUGCCGUGGCUAAGCCUCCCGUGGAGGAGAUGGUACCCGUCUACCUCCCACAAACCUACCCCGUCCUCCCCGUCGACUACGCCUCCGCUGCUCCCAUGCCCGUGCAGACGCCCGUGUACGGUCAGCAGCCGAUGGCGUAUGGAAUGUAA